CUCCUCUUCCCCCUCUUCCCCUUCCUGCGCUCCCGGUCGAUGCAGCUGGCUCUGGGGGGUGGCCGCGGGGAGCGUCUCCGGGGCUGACUGUCCCCUUCUUCCUCCUCCUCCUCCGGGCCGCCCUCCCGGCCUGCCGUCAGGGCCCUGGAAGGGCGCCCCGGGGCCUGCCGCCGCCGGUCGGGGGCGAUGGACGGUUGGGCUGGGGUCCCGGGGCCGGUCCUGGGGUCAGUGCCGGGGUCAGUGCUGGGGUCAGUCCUGCUGCUGCUGCUGCUGCUGCUGCCCGCGGGCCGGGCGGACCCGGAGCCCCUCCUCCAUCCAGGCCUCAGCGGGAGAGGUCUCUGGGAAGCAUCCAUGGCCCCGACCACGUGGGACCGCUCAGAACCCUACGGGACCAUGCUCUUGACCACGCGGGAACACUCGGCACACCUGGAACCCUAUGAAACCAUGAUCCCCUACUUUCUCAACGGCCAGACCUGGGCCCCGAUAAGUCAACUCCAAUCACAGAAUCCCCCAGAGGUGCUCACUAUCCGAAUGCACGUGGAAGGCCGGAAGCUGACCGUCGCUCUGCAGAGAAAUGAUGGGCUCUUUGCCAGCCGCUACACGGAAACACACCAUUCGAAAGACGGCACGGAUGUUUCGCUUCGUGGGAAUGGCACGGGCCGCUGCUACUACCACGGAAGCGUGCGAGGCUCCCUCGACUCCAGCGUCAGCCUGGCCGCCUGCUCCGGACUCAGGGGAUUUAUUCAGCACGGAAACAAAACCUUCGUCUUCGAACCUCUGGGCGGGUCCGGGAUCAAGCACAAGAUCGUGCCCCUGGCCAGACUGGGCAACCGGCUGGGGGCCUGCGGUCAUGGCCUGACCGGGCCGGACCCUCUGCAGCUCUUCCCAGCACCUGCAAGGAGGCCCAAAAGGGAGACGCAGAAGAUGGCCAAGUACGUGGAGCUGGUGAUGGUCGCCGAUAACCGGGAGUUUCAGAGGCAAGGGAAGGACAUAGAAAAGGUGAAACAGCGGCUAAUCGAGAUGGCCAACCACGUGGAUAAGUUGUACAGGCCUCUGAACGUGCGGAUCGUGCUGGUGGGCGUGGAGGUGUGGAGCAGCCUGGACCGCUGCACCAUCAGCCAGGACCCGUUCCUCAGCCUGCACGAGUUUCUGGACUGGCGGAAGUUAAAGCUCCUGCCGCGGAGACAGCACGACAACGCCCAGCUGGUCAGUGGGGUGUUCUUCCAGGGAACCACCGUGGGCGUGGCCCCCCUCCUCAGCAUGUGCACCGUGGAGCAGUCCGGGGGCAUCGUCAUGGACCACUCCGACCACCCGGUGGGCACGGCGGUCACCCUGGCCCACGAGCUCGGCCACAACUUCGGAUGAACCACGACACCCCGGGACGAGGGGCUGCUCCUGCCCGUCAGCCGGGGAGAAGGAGGCUGCAUCAUGAACCCUUCCACUGGGUACCCCCUGCCAGGGGCCUUCAGCAGCUGCAGCGAGAGGGACCUGGAGGAGAGUCUGCAGAAGGGAGUGGGCACCUGCCUCUUCAACCUGCCGGACGCAAAGGAGUCUCUUGGGGCCCGGAGGUGCGGCAAUGGCUUUGUGGAGGAAGGAGAGGAGUGCGACUGUGGGGAGCCUGAGGAGUGCACAAGCCGCUGCUGCAAUGCCACGUCCUGCACUUUGAAGCCAGGAGCCGUCUGUGCCCACGGGCUGUGCUGUGAAGACUGCCAGCUGAAGCCGGCCGGGGUCUGCUGCCGGGCCUCCAGCAACCCCUGCGACCUGCCCGAGUUCUGCACGGGAGCCGGCCCGCACUGCCCGGGUAACGUCUACCUGCACGACGGCCUGCCCUGCGCCCGCGUGGACGGCUACUGCUACAGUGGCCUCUGCCGGACCCACCAGGACCAGUGCGCCGCCCUCUGGGGCCCAGGAGCCAAGGCAGCCCCCGGGAUCUGUUUUGAAAGAGUCAACGCGGCGGGAGACCCGUAUGGCAACUGUGGGAAGCAAUCCAGGACCUCCUUUGCCAAAUGCGAGGCCAGGGACGCUAAAUGUGGAAAAAUCCAGUGCCAAGGCGGUGCCAGUCGGCCGGUGAUCGGGACGAAUGCCGUUUCCAUAGAGACGAACAUCGCCCUGCAGGACGGGGGCAGGAUCCGUUGCCGCGGCACCCACGUGUACCUGGGGGACGACGUGCCCGACCCCGGCCUGGUGCUAGCCGGCACCAAGUGUGGGGAGGGCAAGAUCUGCCUGAAUCGUCGGUGCCAAAACGUCAGCGUGUUCGGGGUCUGGGCCUGCCUCGCCAAGUGCCACGGACGUGGGGUCUGCAACAACCACCAGAACUGCCACUGUGAGGCCGAGUGGGCCCCCCCGUUCUGUGACGUCCCCGGCUUCGGCGGGAGCGUGGACAGCGGACCGGUCCGGCGGCCAGAUGGCGGCGGUCGGGCGCUGGGCCUGCUGGGGACCCUGCUGGGACUGGCGGCGGCGGGAUCGGCGCUGUGGCUUCAGCGGAAGGCCGUGCUGAGAGUCCUGCUGGCUCGGGAGCGGCUCGCCGGCCGGAAGCUCAGGCUCGGGGUCCCCACCCGGCCCCCCGCCCAGCCCCCCAACAGCUUGGAGCCGCCCCGGGACCACCCCCCGCUCCACCCUCAGACGCUGGUCCCAAGGCUGCUCCCCACGACCAUCAUCCAGCAGAAAGGAGGCGUCGCAGGAUUCCCGCCGCCUCAGCCCUUCCACGUGGGCAGCCCGGUGCGCCCUCCGGCCCCGGCCCCCGCCCCGCGUCCGGCUGCUCCACCUCCGCGGGCGCCGCCGAGCGCCCCAACCAGGCCGCCCCCAGCCUGCCCCCCGCCGCCACAGCCCCAGGAAACGCAGAAGCCCAACCCUCCCCAGAAGCCUCUGCCGGCCGACCCCCUGACCAAAGCUGCCCCGCUGACCCGGGCUUUAGGGACAAUGCCGGUAAAGCAGGGUACUGGGCUGCCCAUCACACCCGCGAGGUCCACCCUCGGGCGCCUCCCGCGAGAGAGCAGGCCGGCCCCCGGGACGCCCUCCCAGUGACAGGAAGAGCUCGGAGCCCCCCGGUAGCCGUGAAAACAGAAGUUUGCCCUCUCCUGACCCCGCAGUGGGAGUCCCCUGUUUCUCUGGCUUCCUCGGGGAGGGGUCCCGUCUCGGGCUGCGCUCUAAGUCUCCUGGGCAGCUGCCCCUGGGUGCCGGGCCGAGGGGGGUCUGGCCUCUCGCUCAGUGUCCGGGGAAAUGAUUAAUUUAUGUUAAUACUUGUUUGGGCGCGACGUCCGGCGUCGGGUCGGCGUGAAGCCCGGCGUACUGGCCGCUACCGUGUCGGUGAAGCCGGCCCCGUCCGCUCUGGGGACACCUGGACAGAACGCGGGUCGCCACCCGGUCCCAGGGCCGGCAGCCGACCGGGCAGGCUUCUCCGGGCUAGGUGUCCAGUCGGGUCCAAGCCCGGUUCACCUGACUCCCGCCCGGUUCUCCAGAAACCUGGUGCCCGUCUGCCCCGGGAGAGAUGUACCGGAGGCGGCAGGAGCCAAGGAUCUCCUGCCACUCUGCCCCACGGGCCUCUUUCCUAGAGGGAUGAGGCCCACUCACUCUCUCCUAGCAUUUCUGCGGGAUAUCUGCUCCUCCAGGAUUUUUCCGGCCAGCUUCCAGCUCCAAGUCUGUCUCCUGCUGGGACGGAUGAAGGUGCCUCAAGGCUGGAAGCGCGGGUCACCGUUAGACACCCUCUGCGUCUUUCUGUCUCUGAGAGCCACGGGACAGGAGGAAAAAACCUGCUUUCCCAGUGCCCGUUCCUUGUCCUCUGCCGGGGCCGGCUCCCGGCCCAAGGGGUCCGCAAGAAGCCGGGCUCGGCCCACGCUCCGGUCCGGGCCCGGGGAAGCUCCUUUUGGCCUCCGGGGACUUUCUCGUUGGGCCGUGUGGCCCGAGGCUGCUGGCGUUCCAGCUCUCCUCGCUGAGGUUUCUCCAUUCUCCUUGUUCCCUCGCCUUUUCCCGGGAAGGAAAACUCUCCAGAAAGUCUCGGUUUCCUUCCCAGCAGACACAGCAGCUGUCGUCAGGCCCCCGGCCUCGGGGCCGCGGACGGACUAAGUGCGGAUGGACCCGUCAGCGCCUCGGGGCCGCGGAGCCCCCUCAGCCCUUCUACCCCAGCUUGGGGGCUCCCGCGUUGCGGACUUUCCGCGCUUCUGCUUCGGAUGUGCCAGGGGAAGGCUACCGGAGAAACCAUGAAUUAAACGUUGCCGGUCCGUCCGAUUCGGUCAGGGGGUCGGCAGCCGAGCAGACGGUCCGGCAGGUGAGGGAUCGGCCCCAGCAGACGUCACUGCUUCGAGGACCUGGGUACUAAUUCCGACUCCUCCACUUGUCUUCUGUGAGACCUUGAGCAUGUCACUU